AAUAAGAACUGCAAAAAUUCAAAGAUUCUGUAAGAUUCACAUGUUAAACAGAGAUUCGUUGUCAUUGAGGGCCAUCACGUAUUCUCUUCCUUACACUUCCACGACCCUCCCCCGAAAAAAAAAGGGAAUUUUGCAACUUGGGUGGUUCGGGUUUCUGCGUUGCAUCGUUGCGUUGAUUUUCAGGUGGAAGAGCUUCCAAAAUUUCACCGGAACAUUAUGAGCAAUUUGAUAACCCUGUGUAGGCCUCACACACUGUUCUUCUCUUCUUUCAUUACUUGCAGACACCAGUUUCAAACCAGGGCUUCUUCUUUUCGGAACCCUAAUUGCAAUUCCCGUUUUCCCUCUUUCUCGUUAUACUCUUCCUGGCUCAUCGAUUCCUGGGGUUCUAGCAGGACUGGACUAUGGUUUCGCGUUAAUCAGAGGAGAACUCUGGCCAAGGCUUCAAAUUGGGACGAACAACGAUCCCCGUAUGAAACCCUUGAAUUGGACAGAGAUGCUGAUGAAGAACAGAUAAAGAGCGCUUAUCGACGAUUGGCUAAAUUCUAUCAUCCAGAUGUCUAUGAUGGUAGAGGAUCCCUUGAGGAAGGUGAAACAGCAGAAGCUAGGUUCAUUAAGAUCCAAGCUGCUUAUGAAUUGCUUAUAGACGAUGAGAAACGAAGACAGUAUGAUAUGGAUAACCGAGUCAACCCUAUGAAGGCGUCUGAGGCAUGGAUGGAGUGGCUAAUGAAAAAGCGAAAAGCUUUUGCUCAACGUGGUGAUAUGGCAGUUGCUGCUUGGGCUGAGCAGCAACAGCGACAGUUGAAUCUACGUGUCCGUCAACUUUCUCGUUCAAAGAUGGAUCCUGAUGAGGCAAGGAAGAUUCUAGCUAGAGAGAAGGCAGCUGCUGCUAAGAAUUUCUCCAAUACCCUUAAAAGGCACACACUUGUUCUCAAGAAAAGAGAUUUGAUGAGAAGAAAGGCUGAGCAAGAUCAAGAUAAACUUAUCAGCCAGCUCUUGGCAGCAGAAGGUCUUGAAUCAGAUACUGAUGAAUGAAAAUGGGACAUAAUUCCCACUUAUCAAUAGCUAAUAUUUUAUUCAAUACCA